AUGGAAACGUCAUCCGAUGUUUGCUUUGACGAACCGACUGCGUUCCAAUUAAUGGUAUCUAUUAACCAAAGAUGUCGCGAAUUGAGCCAAUUAUGCAAAUGUGAUAUGACGCAGCCGUCACUCAACAAAAUCUCAGAAGAAAAUAAAAAAGCAGCCAUCAUGUUCGAUUUUGACAUUAAUUCGAAACAAUUCUUGAAGCACUUUGAGGAAACUCAGUAUUCCAACAAUUCUGGCUCUUUCACGGAUCCAAUUGACACAAAUGAUGAGCUGCGAAGACUAAAGCAGAUCUUCAAUAAUCCGUUUGGGUCAGAAUCGCAAACUUCUGAAAAUUUGCCAAUUUUAUUGUGGCCAAUUCCCAAGAAUAGAAAAUUGGUGUACGAUAAUUUGAAGGAUUCGCCAGGUGCUUUUGGACGUUGCGUGAAAUCAUUGAGCAAUGAAUUUACGGAACUGAUUGAACCUCCAAUUACGAUUCAGCCGGCUUGUUUGCCGUCGCUAUCAUUGGAACGCGCCAACGAGAACAUGAAAAUCAGCCAUGGCUAUUUGCCUUCCUCGCAACAAAAUUUGUUGCCGGCCAAUCGUCUCCAAUAUUUCAAGGAUCCUGUGGAUGUGAAUGAGGAGCUCGCUAGAUUGAAGGCGUUGUUUGGAAGGCCAUUUUUGGUAAAAUCUGUCGCUACUCAGGAUGAUUGUCUCAUGCAAUCAGAGAAAUCGAAUCUUGAAACUUCGGAUAGAUCGCCGACGGGACAGCGCAAAAGAAAUGCUAACGGACAAUUUCUCAACAAUUAG